GUAGAUGGCGCACUUCUUCUGAAAGCACACAAUAAAGAACGGACACCAAAUUCCAGGCAAUGCCCUGUCGAUUUCCUUUUCCGGUAUAACUCUGGCAAGAUGGCGGACGUUGAGCAAAAGAAAAAGCGUACCUUCAGGAAGUUCACCUACAGAGGGGUGGACCUGGAUCAGCUUCUCGACAUGUCUUAUGAGCAGCUGAUGCAGUUGUACUGUGCCCGUCAGCGCCGCAGGCUUAACCGAGGUCUACGCCGCAAACAGCAGUCCCUCCUCAAGCGCCUGCGCAAGGCCAAGAAAGAAGCUCCCCCCAUGGAGAAGCCUGAGGUGGUCAAGACCCACUUGAGAGACAUGGUCAUCCUUCCAGAGAUGGUGGGCUCCAUGGUUGGUGUAUACAAUGGAAAGACAUUCAACCAGGUUGAGAUCAAGCCUGAAAUGAUUGGUCACUACCUGGGAGAGUUCUCCAUCACAUACAAACCUGUCAAGCACGGUCGCCCUGGUAUUGGAGCCACGCACUCUUCUCGCUUCAUUCCUCUGAAGUAAAUUUGUUUAUGGGUGUGUAAAUAAAAGUGACUUCCAAA